AGAGCAAGAAUGUCCUGAAGUGGGGUGAGCAGGACACCCUCCACAUCUUGCUCCUCAAGGGGACCCCUGUUUAGACAAGUCUUCCAAAGAAAACCAGCCCUGGCUAAAAAUAUUGCAACUUGUGACAUACCUUGAAACAGAGGAUUCCUUACCCACAGAGAUGGUGAGCCCUCUCCAUAGCAACUAGAAAUGUCCCUGGGCUGAAAUAAUCCUCUCCAGCUCCCAGAGCACAGUCAAGGAAUUUUAAAAACAGAACUUUGGAACCAGAAAAUGCUCUCAGAGAUUUAAAGGCCCAGGGAGCUCAAGAUAAAUAACCAUCUCUCUUUCUAGAGAAAUUCCUUCGGUUGGUUCUAAGUUCUCCUGUGCUGUAGCUCCCACCCCAGGUUAACUCAAGCCAAAGGAAGGGUGGACAUGUGCUUCGGGACAAGUCUCUCAGUGUUGACGGUGCUACAGCUGUCCUGCCUCGUCAGCCUUGUUUUCUCUACUGAGACUGACAAAGCCCUCACUCAGGAUAACAGCAGCGCUGGGAGUCAAGGCCUGCUAGAAGUCCUGAGGGUCCUCUCUGCUGGUGACCACCAGUCCCUCCACCAUCCACGAAGUCUCAUGAAAAUUCUGUUUGAGAAGACUAGGUGUCCACAGAGGGCAAAUGGGAUGCAAGGAGACUGCAAGCUGUGUUUGGAACCAGAUGCGCUGUUACUAACAGCUGGUGGAGAUUUCGAGGAUGAGCUUAGAGAUGAGGUGGUCCAGAGAGUUUCUCUCCUCCUCCUCUAUUACAUCAUUCACCAGGAAGAGAUCUGUUCAUCAAAGCUCAACAUGAACAACAGAGAGUAUGCAUUUUACCUGCAUAGCUUACUGGGCCUCAGGCACGAUGAAGACUCCGAUUUCCUUUCACAGAAGGAGACUGAUGACAUCUUGACUCUCACCAGGCAGUACUUUGGCAUUUCCAGUAGCCAGUGUAUGGAAACUAAGACGCUACAGCAGAAAUCUGGUAUUCAGGGCAACAAUGGUGCUGAUGGAAAGACACUUCCUCAGCUGGCAGCAACCAUCAUCGCCCUGUCUCUCCAAGGAGUUUGCCUCGGGAGGGCAGACUUGCCUUCCCCAGAUGACUUUACAGACUAUAUUUUCAGUGUCUUGAAUGCUACCAAUUCCCUCUACCUAUCUGAACUAGACCAACUCCUCAACAUACUCUCUACCAGAAGGGCCUGUGCCAAAAAGGAUCCCCUCCAUCGAUACCAAAGGAAACAAAAUGCGACAAUACAUAGUCGGGGAGACCCUAAGACAUCUAUAACAAUGGAGAAAGAGUCCAAUGACCAUUCUGUUUCCUGGGAUCAGGCUUGCUUCUCUGCUAGGCAGCUGGUGGAGAUAUUUCUACAGAACCAUAGUAGUCCAUCCAUUUCUAAGGAGGACUUCAAGCAGCUAAGUCCAGGGAUCAUCCAGCAACUACUCAGCUGCUCUUGCCAAAUGCCUAAGGACCAGCAAGCAAAGCCUUCACCCACCACUCUGGAGAAAUAUGGCUACAGCACGGUGGCUGUGACAUUCCUGACGUUGGGCUCUAUGCUUGGGACGGCGCUGGUCCUUUUUCACAGCUGUGAGGAGAACUACAGUCUUAUUUUACAGCUGUUCGUGGGCUUGGCUGUGGGCACCCUCUCUGGGGAUGCUCUGCUCCAUCUCAUUCCUCAGGUUCUUGGUUUACAUAAGCAGGAAGCCCCAGAGCUUGGACAUUUCCAUGAAAGCCAAGGUCCUAUUUGGAAGCUGUUGGGAUUGCUUGGAGGCAUCCAUGGGUUUUUCUUGAUAGAAAAAUGUUUUAUUCUUCUUGUAUCACCAAAUACUGAGGGCCAGCCGUUGGCUAAUGGACAUGUAGGACAUGCCCACCACCUUUCACUCAACCCUGAAUUAAACGACCAGUCAGGUGGAGGCAAGUCUAUUUCAACGAUCCAGCUGAAAGGCCCAGAAGAUUCACAGACUGCUGAGCUCCCCAUUGGUGAUGUGGCAACCUCCAACAGAAAAUGCAAAACUAUCAGCUUAUUGGCAAUCAUGAUACUGGUUGGGGAUAGCCUGCACAAUUUUGCAGAUGGCCUUGUAAUAGGGACAGCCUUCUCAUCUUCACUGGAGUCUGGAGUGACCACAACAAUUGCUAUUUUGUGUCAUGAAAUUCCCCAUGAAAUGGGAGAUUUUGCUGUACUCUUAAGUUCGGGACUCUCGGUCAGAACUGCCAUCCUGAUGAAUUUUGUAAGUGCCCUGACCGCCUUCAUAGGACUGUAUAUUGGUCUCUCAGUGUCUGCUGAUCCACGCGUCCAAGACUGGAUCUUAACAGUGACGGCUGGGAUGUUCUUAUAUUUAUCCUUGGUGGAGAUGCUUCCCGGAAUGACUCAUGUUCAAACACAACGACCCUGGAUGACGUUUCUCCUGCAGAACGUUGGAUUGAUCCUGGGCUGGCUCUCCCUUUUGCUCUUAGCUGUAUAUGAACAGAAUAUUAGAGUAUAAGUUAGGAUUCUCCAUUGUCUUCCAAAAUAUAUUGAUCUGGUCAUUCUCACUUCUUCCGUGUUCUCUAUGCUGAUCACUAAGUUCUGUAUUUUUAUUUUAGGCAAAAGUGUGUCUUUUAACUUAUUAAUUAUAUAUUGUAGUUUUUCAGAAAUAUAUAAAGAUGAGUUUGUCUUGUACUGAAGUGUUUAUUUUUGUUUAUGACACUGUGAUGGACCACAGUAAUGGUUGGUGUUAGUAAAUUCUGAAUUCUAGUCAACUGCAAAAAUACUUCCCUACAAAGAAUGUUUAUUUGUUGUAUUUGAAACAGACAGGUGCCUGUGGGGAUAGAAAUCAGCUGCAAUAGUUUUGUGGUUUUUAUGUUGAUAAUACUUUUUUAUGUGAUUUAUAAACUAUAAGCAAAUAGGAUAAUAGAAAUGUAAUAAAGGCUCAUUUUAAUGUGCUGAUUUCAA